AUGGGAGGCAAACCAUCCAAAGCAGUACGUUACGACGGGAAUCCCGAAGCCGCCAGUACUGCGAGUCAAAUCUCAUCGACGACGCCCACCGUGACUAUCGACGGACGAGUCUACCACAGCGACGAAUUAAGUUCUUACUGUUUACCACGUGAUGAAGAAGAACAAGAUCGACUCAACUCUCAACAUUUUGCCCUGAAAGCUCUUUUUGGAAGCAAUACCUUAUCCUAUGUCCAGGAGAACUUGACGCUGGAAGCCAAAAUCCUCGACAUUGGAUGUGGAUCCGGUUCGUGGGUCAUGGAAAUGGCCAUUGAUCAUCCUCAUGCUCAUGUGACCGGUAUUGAUAUGGCCGACAUGUUUCCUACCAUGAUCCGACCAGAAAAUGUAAAAUUCGAGCUGGCCAACGUUCUCAACGGUAUACCCUAUCCCGAUAAUACCUUUGAUUUCGUGCAUAUGCGUCUAUUGAUCGCGGCUUUUCGCGAACAUGAAUGGCCCUUGGUCAUUGCUGAAAUAUUCCGCGUCCUGAAACCCAACGGCCUGGUACAACUCAUGGAAUCCGAUUUUACCGUACAACGGAGACAAGAUCCAUACAUUGGUUCCAAACUGGCCAAGUUGUUGACCAAUGCUUCAUUUAAUAUUGAAAUGGAAGACGUGCGUGUCCUUGACUAUGGCGACGAUGAAAACCCUGUUUCUCGCGAAAUGUUGUGGAACUGGAAAAAUGCCAUGCACUCAUUGAAACCAUUGUUGGGUCACCGAGUUACGCAGCAUCCGGAUCAGUACGAUAUGGUGGUCGAUCGUUUUAUUCAAGAUUGUGACCGUUACCAUUGGUACGUCAAGCUGUGGGCGUACUGCGGCAGAAAGCCAAACGUAGCAUAA